AUGGACGCCCACAAAAGCAAGCUGAGCCAGGUGAUGCAGGACUUCGACGAGCAGGAGAGGCAGGCGCUCCACUGGAGGGACAGCAUCGCUGCCCUGAGCAGGAGCCACGCGGAGGACGCCAGGAAGUGGCCAGACGAGCUGAAGACGCUGCACCAAGAGCUGCAGCAGCUGACGGCGACGUGCCGAAGUGCCCCGGACCUGACGUUCGAGAUCGAGAGGCAGCAGCGCGCGCAGCACGGCGAGCACGAGCAGCUGAGGCAGGAGAGGCUGCGGCUCGAGCAGCAGCUUCGGGAUGCCCAGAAGGUCAAGACCAAGAACGACACCGGGCGCCUCAAGGCCGAGCUCGCCUUCGCCGAGGACUGCGAGAGCUCCGCCAAGAAGUCUCUGAGGGCCCGGGAGAAGGCCGAGUCGAUGGAGCUGGACGAGGUCCGCUGGUUGUUGGAGCAGACCAGCGACGUCCAGUACGAGGCCGAGGCCAGAUCGCGCGAGGUGCGCAGCCUGCACCGCAACCAGGUGUUCGAGGAGCAGAAGGCGCAGGACGCGGUCGCCCAGAUGGAGUUCAAGGCCAACGAGCUGCGGCAGAUGGAGAAGGAGCACUGCGCGCGCCUGCGCCGGAACUCCGUCGAGGACCUGCGUCUCAGCCUGCGCCGGGGUUCGGCCUCCGCACUGGCAGACGCGCAGGGCCUGCAGAUGCUGCACGGCGCCCCCGCCGAUGACUCCGACGAGGAGGGCGGCGCGCAGGGGCAGCCGGACGGCGCCGCGCGCUCGGAGGAGGCGCGCCGGCGCGAGGCGUACCACGAGCUGAAGCGCGCCUCCUCGGGCUUCCGGGCCGCCCAGGCGGCGCAGCUCGAGGCCGUGCGGCAGGCGCAGCAGCUGGAGGCGCAGCUGGCGGCGCUGCCGCAGGAGGAGCAGCGGCGGCAGGAGGAGGCGGAGCAGCGGCGCGAGGAGAGGGACGAGGAGCUGCAGCGCCAGCGCGCGUCCCAGGCCCGCGCGCGGCAGCGGGCCGCGGAGGCGGAGGCGGGUUCCCUAGAGGCCCGCGUGCGGCUGGAGCGGCAGGAGUGCGGGCUGCUGCUGCGGCGGGCCGAGGGCGCGCGGGCGGAGGCGGAGGAGAGGGCGGCCGGCGAGCGGCGCGCCGUGCGCUUCCUCGAGGAGGAGACCGCCGCCAGGGAGCGGGAGACGCACGCGGAGAGGGACCGCGUCGAGAAGUUGCGCCGCACCAUGCUGGACCGCGAGCGACAGCUGGAGAGCUUCCGGCGCGAGGAGGAGGAGCGCGGCCAGGCCCGGCGCGACGAGGCGCAGCUGCUGGUGCAGAUCCUCCACGAGGAGGGCCUGCGAUACCACCUGCUGCUGAGCCGUCACAGGGCGCUGGUGGAGGUGGCGAGGCUGAAGCCGGGCGGCGCCGGAGGAGUGCUGACGCUCUGCAUCGCCGUGCUUGCCGAGCGCUGCAAGGCGGUCGCGGCCCAGGACGAGUUGACAAGCGCCAGACACUUCAACUACACGUACUUCUUCCACACGCUGCUGCUGUUCCUGCCGCUUUGCGGGUCCCGCGAAUCGGCGCUGUGCCGCUUCCUGUCCAUGGCGAUGGCCCACGUCCACAACCCGCUCUGCUUCAUGGCGCUGGGCCUCUUUCUCGGCUUGUCGCUGGCGCUCAUGAUCCUGUCCUGCAUGCCGCUGCCGCCAGUGGCUCCCGCCUACGUGACGCUGGUGAUGCACCUGGCGAUGGCCCAUGUCCACAACCCGCUCGGCAGCAUGCCGCUGGGCCUCUUCCUCGGCUUGUCACAGGCGCUCCUAACCCUUCUCUGCGUGUCGUUCCCGCUGUUGGCGCCCGUUUUCGUGAUGAUUCUGUCCUGCAUGUCGCUGUUGCUGGCGGCGCCCGUACUCGUGUUGCUGGCGAUACUCUUGCUGCUCUCCGUCCGCUUGUCCGCGAAUGGCAUCGAGCCGCACGGCGUAAGACGCUACUCCAGAACAGGCCCUUCAUCCGCUGCUUCGGCGCGUGGUUCGUCCUCGUGUUCGAGUCUUCCUUGUCCUCGGAGAGCGACCCGCCAGACGAAGUUUGCGCUGAACAUGAUGAUGCUGCCGCUGGUGGCGAACAGGUGCACGACGACGCUGCCGCGUGUGGCGAACAGUCUGCUCUCGAAGUACAUCCUGUUGCUGACCACUACAGUGCUGCAGCUGGAGGCGAACAAGUGCACGUCGACGCCUCCGCGUGUGGUGCACAUCCUGCUCUCGAAGUAUAUCCUGAUGCUCUUCCUGGUGUACGUGUGCUCGACGGCGUCCAAGACGCUGCCGCUGGUGUGGAUAGUGCUGCUGCUGCUGGCCCUCGGCGAGUGCUCGAUGGCUGUUCCGAUGCCUGGGCUGCCCUUGGGGCGCCGCACCUUCGUCGCCCCGAUCUGCUCCAACUCAGAUGUUGCAAUCUGGCUCUCACUGGUCUGGUCGAUUAACUUGUGCGCCGUGCUGUCGCGCCUCAUGACGAUGCUCGUGCUGUUGCGCUGCCUGGAGUGGCUGAACGGAAUUCGCAUGCCCGUGCCGUUGGGGGCGUACGUCCCCGUCUCGAUGAUCACGUUCUGCAUGUCGCUGCCGCUGGUGGCGAACAACCUCGCGCCGAUGAACGAGACUCGCAUGACGCUGCCGCUGGUGGCGAACGAACCUAUCGUGAAAAUCCCGACCUGCACGGUGCUGAGGUCGGGUCUCGCUCCGAUCUUCUCGCCGCCCUCGCCCGUGGGCAGAUCUGGGAACCGGUAUCCGAAGGUUUUCCCCGGCUUCCAGAGGGUGCCCAGAGCUCUCCACUCAGGGGCCCAAGAGCAGGCAGGCAGGCCCUCGCUGGCCAGGCGGCCAGGCGAGGUGCUGGGCAGGAGCCCCUCGGUCGUCGACAGCCUCGGUGGCAACGACAGGGAGCUCGGCCACCGCGUGGCCAAGGCGUGGGCGUGCUUUAAAGAAGUACAUAUUUUCACGCACAUGCGGGGCUCUUUGAGGCGAAAGCUGGAGUUUCUCGGCAUGACUAUCAAGGAGCCGGCGGAUCCGCGGGUGUGGAGCGUGACCGUGGAGUACGAGCACCUGCUGAGCGUGCAGCGCGACCAGCACGCCCUGGCGAUGCGGCGGCAGGCCCUGGAGGUGGAGCAGCUGCGCCAGGCCCUGGACCUGGCCGAGGGGGGCUUCCACAUCGACGCCAUCGUGGAGCGCCUGCGGGCUGCGAGAGACGAGGAGGUCAGGCUGGCCGUGGGGGAGAAGUCCAAGGAGCUCGCGGAGACGCUCGGCGGCGACGCUGGCCUCGUCGGGUGCCUCGCGGGCGCGAUGGUGGAGGAGCUCGAGCUCUACGCCUCGCUGCUCAGGGUCCGCGACCGGCAGGUGGGCGAGCUGCAGGGCCUGUGCGAGGCGGCGCCCGCCGGCUCCGCGCGGGAGCUGGACGAGGCGCGCCGCGAGGCGCAGCGCCUGCAGAGCGAAAAGGACGAGCUCGAGCGGCUGGUUCUCUCCAAGGACAGGCAGCUGGCAGCGGUGCAGGGCGUCGACAGGAGCAUGACGGACGCCUCGGCGCUGCAGCUGGGCGCGCAC